UAAAUUCUAAAGUAGUACUUUGAAAACCAAAUAAUAGCUCAUUAUAACGUGGCGUUAUUUCAGUGGAUGAAUACAACCAGAUACGGGACAGCAACAUCAACCAACGGACAGCAGCCCACUAACGAUCUUGAAAUGGGCUCCAUCGAUUUCUAUCCAAACGGCAAGCUGCAAAGCAUGUUUCUUCACCGCAAAGCCACUAAGCUAAUCUGCAAGACAACAGAGGUGGCGCAAGUUGCCCACCUGUGCAUGAUUGCCUCCCCAACCAUCCGCUGCUCCGCCGCUAACGUAAGCCGUACAAUGGUCACCAUGAACAAAGACCGCGUUGUAAUCGAUCCCCAUGAACUGGAAGCCAUAUUCGAACAAAAACGAUCUCUUAGAUCCAAAAUACGCAAAGCUCUAAAAAACAUGGAUCCAAUCCAGAGAUCUCAAGAAGAUAAUGCAAUUCAGAAUAUUGUUCUUGAAUCUUCAUGGUUCAAAGCUAGUAAGAGCUUAUCUGCAUACAUAAGUUCUCCCGCUUUACGCGAAGUCGAUACUUCAAGGAUUAUCUCCGAAGUUUUGUCAAGUCCUGCCAAUGAGAGGAAGAAGCUUUAUGUUCCACGUGUGGAGGACAGGAAAAGCAACAUGAAAAUGCUGAUGAUAUCCAGUGUUAAUGAUCUCAUUGAAAAAUCAAUGAACAUCUUGGAACCAGCCUUAGUAGAUUCUGAUGGGAACGAACGAGAAGACGCUAUGCAGGCAAGUGAUCCAGUCGACCUGUUUAUAUUACCUGGGCUUGCAUUUGACAAAUCCGGAAGUCGUUUGGGCCGAAGUGGGGGUUACUAUGAUUUGUUCCUGAAGAGCUACCAAGAGCUCACAAAGGAGAGGAGAUGGAAGCAGCCCCUCCUUGUUGCACUUUCAUAUUCUGUGCAAAUUAUUGGGGAAGGACCAAUACCUGUUACUCCCUUCGACAUUCCCGUGGAUGCUCUUGUAUCACCAACUGGUUUUACUGCAAUAAGCUCAGCUGCUUUGAGAUGUGACUGAGCAAAGCAUCUCUUUUCUGUGGCAUAAGCUGGUAUCUAAUGAAAAUGAAGUAUGGUCAGCAUAAUAAAUUGGUGAAUUUUGAAUGGGAAUAUAUUAUUUCAUUUUUCUUAUCAUUGGAAGGAAACUCGAUUGAAUGGGCACAAAUCUUGAUCGUGGUAAUCGCAUAAUGGAAAAUAGUUUGGAUCAGGGUGUUUUUCAUGCUUGGAAAUUUAAACUUAUGCUAUUUCUGAAUUAUGAUGCUGUUGAAAGCAUUAGUCUGGCUGCUUCGUGUAUAGCUAGAAAAUCUAAUCAAUUGUAACAGGAGAGAAUCAUGAUAGACAACCACAGUCAACAGAACUGGGACAUUCUUCAAGAAGCUUGCACUCAAGAUUCUUUCCAUGCUGCCUUUGAAGUGGUGUUUUUAUAUUGUUUCUGCUGCUUAGGGGCUGUUGGCACCAUGAAUUGUUUUACUAAGACAAAAUGUUGCACCAAUGAAAUUUUUGUAUGUUUCCUAGGCUCAUAUGCUCUUUUUUUUUUUUGUUUUUUUUUUUAAUAAAGUCAUGUCUGGUUAGGAAUUUGUAUGUUCAACACUGGCAAUGAGGAACCAUUUAUCUUGCACUUCUAAAGAUGUGUUGAGUCAUUCCUGCAAAUCCCAUUAAUUUCCAGCGCAAGGGAAAUUACAAUGCCUGAUCCAAGUGCCAUAAUAUGC